AUGUGCGAGCCAGAAACUCUCAGUUUGGCGGGUGGCGGAGUUCGUGGAGAUGCAAAUGAUGUUGGCGAAGAACCCCGAAUCGCAGCCGGCUAUAACUACCUCGGCGGGCUGUUGCAUUUGUAA